CUUCGUAGCGGUUUGCCUUGCGGGCAAUGAGGAAGCUCGCCUUCGUCGUCUUCCUCGCGACCAUGCUGCCCAUGCGCGGCAUCCGCUCGCUGGUUCGGACGGGCUCCUGGGCGCAGCUGCGGGGCCUGCGCUCGCUCCUUGGGAUCGCCGUGCUCUUCCUCGCCAGGAUCGCGGCGCGGAGGAGGUUUGAGGAGGAGGAGGAGGAGGAGGGGUGGGCCCAGGACGCGCGCCGCUGGCUCGACUACGUGCGGCAAAAGGAGGUAUCCUUUGCUCAUCCCGCGCUGCUCCGGCGAAACUCUCUCCGGAGGAACUCGCGCAAGCUCACCCUGCCGCCGAUCGACGAGACGCAACUAGACACGGCGCCGCCGCGAGUGGCGGAGCCGCCGCCGCCGCCGUGGCUCACAGGGAGGCCGGCCGAAGGCGUGCGACGCCGCGGGGCGCCGUGAGCUUUAGGCCCCGGCGGCGACGACGCCUCAGGGCGCCCCGAUUUCCCUCGGCAGGGGUGUCCGAUGGAUGUGUCCCAGUGGGACGCGGCUGUGGACGCGCACCGGCCCCUAGCUGGCUGGCCGCGUGCGCCCCGCAAUCUAUGAUUACGUAGGCAUGUGUGGACUGUGGAGUGUGCCGAGUGUGUGUGAGAGCAUUCGGGUUGCCGGGGUGUAGCCUGGCAUGGUUGCGCGCGGUGUCGCGUGGUUGCGCGUUGCAGCCUCGCGCUCGCGGCGCGCCGGAUACAUCUUUCUCUGUCGGGCCCGGGAUUGUUUCUGAUCCAUGUUUGGCGCGCGGUGUACGGUGGUAUCAUUUAUUUCUCGAGCCUACCACCCGCGCCGAGGAUCCCUCUCUCUCGCCUCCAAUUCGGUGUGUGCGUCGAACAUGUCCUCAUGUGUGAGGAAAAUUCAAAAUAUGUACUGGCCACGUACAAGC